AUGGGAAGAUGUGAAUAUAUUCUGGCUAAAGACAGUGUAAAUAACACAUUUGAAAUAAGACAAGUAAACGAACCUUGUGGAAAUGGAAACUUUUCCUGCACAAAAUCACUGACAGUGAUUUUUCCAAAUGUAACUAUUCAACUACUGCGGGGAAGUGUUGUGGUAAAUGAUUCGCAAAUUGAUUUGCCUGUAUCUUGUGGAUGUAAGUUCUUUUUACUUUCAUACCGGAUGUGUGGUUCAAUGUUUAACGUUCCAGUUAUAUAUAUUUAAAAUUUAGUAGAAUAUAUUUGUCCAGUCCAAUGGCAUAUCCUUUGAUUUGUGAGAGCCUUUAUUUCGAAAAAGAAUUUAGUUUAAUUAAUGAUAAUGUGUGUUUGGAAUGGUCCUCCCUUAUUCACGACAGAAUAAUAUCUUACGAAAGUUGUUUAUCUUAUUCGUAAUAUUACUAUUAUGAUUUUUAAUAAGCAAAAGAUCCAAGAAAUUAAAUAUAUUCAUAUGUUCUGCUGUUGAAUAGUUGGAUAAUUCGACAUAGAAUAAUCAGUAGCGUAGCCAGCCCAACGAUUUAGUCCCGCUAAGAAAAUAUGUUCAUGAUCAUUUACUGUGAAAGUAAUCAAUUUCUAAAGAAAUGAAUAACGAUAAUAAUUUUGAACUUGCAGAGCGGAACUAAAUUGUUGGGUUGUACUAACAACUCCCUUUUUCCGUAAAGUUAAUCUUAUUUCCCUUCUGUUUUUCAAGGUGUCACUAUUUCCAAUAUUACAUGCUCUGGAGUUCAAGUAACAUUGGUUGAAAGUGAUUAUGGUGUAAAAGUUGAAUGGAACAAUGUUCAUAGUGUGAGAGUGACAGUGUAUGCUCGCUAUAUUAACAAAACAUCAGGUUUGUGCGGAACGUUUAACCAAAAUCCUGCAGAUGAUUUCUUGACAGCAUAUGGAACAACUGCAGACAAUGCAGUAAAUUUUGGAAAUUCAUGGAAAGCUUAUCCUGACUGUGACAAUGCAACAGAUGUACCACACCCAUGUUGGACAUACCCUAACGCGACUGCUACAGCCAACUGUUCUGCUUUGUUAACGCCUCCAUUCAAUGUUUGUGCAAUCCAUAUUGAUCCAGUCUCAGGGGGUUAUAUCGAGGAUUGUGAAUAUCAUGUAUGUGACUGUGACGAUGAUCCCACAGUUUGUCUAUGUCAAGCAAUAGAGGCCUAUGUCGCUGAUUGUACAAAUUCACAUGAUGUGGACAUUGACUGGUUGAGUGAUAAUCAAUAUCAACAAUGCUGUACGUCACAGUUAUAG